AUGGAAAACAUUAAUGAAUCAUCUCACGCCGACUUGGAAAAUAAUUUAACUGUGUGUGAGGAAACAAUUAAUGGGGAUGGGCUGGAUGAAUCCCCUAAUGGGUUGCUCAACAAAUUAGCCAAGUCUGGCUGCUUUGGACCUUUCCCAAACAACGUGUAUGGUAAUGGUUCGCAAUCAGAUGAGCCUGAGAUUAAUUUCAACAGUGCCCAAGAUAAAAGAAGAAGAUUAAUGAGAAAUGACAGGGAAGUCGAUUUUGAUUCUUCGGACCCUGUUAUGCCUCUUCCAUAUCUUGAUCUAAACAGAACUCCGAUUCCCUCUCAGAUUCCUCUUCCAGACAUCAAAGUGGACUCUCCAUCAUCUUCGUCGGAAAUUAGGAAUACGGUGGAAGUGGGCAAUAUUUUGGGAUUUGAGAUUGAUGGCGACAAUCCAAUCCUAAAAGAAGUCUUGGGCGAAAACGAAUCCAAGCUGGGUGAGUCAUCCCCUCCUCUAAAUAUUACCGAAUGUUGGGGCGAUAAUAAUUGGGGGUUCGAGCAGGUUUUUACAAUAGGAAGAUCCUGUGGCUUGGUGUCGAUAUGGGAUAAAGGAGCAUUUACGCUAAUAGAGACUUUCAAAUCCAUAUACUUUAUUUUGACACUGGGUAAUUUGGUGGGCAUUAAUGGCCUUACUGGCAUUAUAAACAUCUACGGGCCCCAAUCAAUUCAUGAGAAGUCGAAAUUAUGGGACAAAUUGUUAUCUUUGAAAUCCUCCAUAUCAGCUACUUGGAUCCUUAUGGGAGACUUUACUGUGGUUCGAAGACAGGAAGAACGUAUAUAUUCAGUCUUUUGCUCAGACAGUGCAAGUGCCUUUAAUCAAUUCAUAUACAGGGGUGAACUCACAGAUCUGAAUAUGGGAGGCCAAAGAUUCACCUUCGUCCAAACGCAAGGCGCGAAAUUGAGUAAAUUAGAUAGAAUUUUGGUAUGUAAAAUUGUUUCUCAACCACGUUUCCCCUUGCGUCAUGUGAGGCAUUAG